UGAGUGACGCAGUAACACAGCGACCGUUUACCGAACACACGAGGAUGAUUUAGACAACAGUAAAAAGUCAAAUAUUUGCGCACUUGUUUUGUCAUUUAAGUCACAAACAAGCGUCUUUAACCCUAAAGGAAACGAGGCUACACAGACAUGGGUGACUUUUCAUCGCUCGGACUCUCAGACUGGCUGGUUAAACAGUGUAAACAGCUGGGAAUCAACAAACCGACUCCAGUGCAGGAAAACUGCAUGCCUGCUAUUUUAGAAGGUCGGGACUGUUUGGGGUGUGCCAAGACUGGAAGUGGGAAGACGGCAGCGUUUGUGUUGCCAGUGCUGCAGAAACUGUCAGAGGAUCCGUAUGGCAUCUUCUGCCUGGUGCUCACUCCCACCAGGGAGCUGGCCUAUCAGAUUGCUGAGCAGUUUCGAAUCUUGGGGAAGCCUCUGGGUCUGCGGGACUGCAUUGUUGUUGGUGGGAUGGACAUGAUCAGUCAGGCUCUGGAGCUUUCUAACCAGCCGCACGUCGUCGUAGCAACACCUGGCCGAUUGGCCGAUCACAUCCGCAGCUCCAACACUUUCAGCAUGAGCAAGAUCCAGUUCCUGAUUUUGGAUGAAGCAGACCGGCUGUUGGAGCAGGGCUGCACUGACUUCACCAAAGACCUGGAGGUGAUCCUGGGGGUUAUACCGGCCAAGCGGCAGACGCUGCUGUUCAGCGCCACACUCACCGACACACUGCAGGACCUAAAGAACAUCGCGAUGAACAAACCGUUCUUCUGGGAGAGCAAGUCGGAGACACGAACAGUGGAGGAGCUGGACCAGAGGUACAUCCUAACUCCAGAGAAGGUGAAGGACGCCUACCUGGUCCACCUGAUCCAGACGAUCACUGACGAGCACGACGACUGGUCCAUGAUCGUCUUCACCAACACCUGCAAGAGUUGUCAAAUCCUCACCAUGAUGCUGCGGGAAUUUAACUUCCCAACAAUCUCCUUGCACUCUAUGAUGAAACAGAAACAACGAUUUGCAAGCCUCGCCAAGUUCAAGGCCAGUGUUUACAAAAUCCUGAUUGCGACAGAUGUAGCUGCCAGGGGUUUGGAUAUUCCAACAGUCCAGGUUGUCAUUAACCACAACACCCCGGGUCUUCCCAAGAUCUACAUCCACAGAGUCGGACGGACGGCAAGAGCAGGGAGAAAUGGAGUGUCCAUCACACUGGUGACACAGUACGACAUCCACUUGGUCCACUCCAUCGAAGAACAGAUUCAGGCGAAGCUGAAGGAAUAUCCUGUGGAGGAGAAAGAAGUCCUGAAGAUCCUCACCCAAGUCAACGUGACCAGGCGAGAGUGUGAAAUAAAACUGGAGUCAACAGACUUUGACGAGAAGAAGGAGAUCAACAAGAGGAAACAGCUGAUCCUGGAGGGGAAGGAUCCGGACCUGGAGGCCAAGAGGAAGGCUGAGCUGGAGAAGAUCAGGAGCCAGAAGAAGAAGUUCAAACUGAAAAUCCAGGAGAGCAUUGAGAAAGAGAAACAUGGACAGCUGAAAAAGAAACUAAAGAAGAGAAAACAGAUGAAAAAGAAAAAAGCAGCUGAGGCAACGGCAUGAAAACAGCUCACCUUCAUGUAAAUACAGGUUUUUAUUUCUGUGCAAUAUGUAAUAUUAACAAAUAAACUUCAUACCAUAAAAUGA